UACCGUGAUGCGUAGGAACAUAAAUUUGUUGAUAGGAAAAUGACGCGUACUCGUUGAUAAUCGGAAGACGUAAAGGAAAUUACUUUGAAUCUUAUAUAUAUUGCUGAUACAGGCAAGAGGCGGAUACAUAACGCAUUGUGCUCACUUCGAAUUCACGUCUCAAUAAGAAGAUCUCAUCAUGCGGAAACUAUUGUUAUUCCUUGUUGCAAUAUUCGCAAUAUCGGCACAAGUUACCGCCAAUGGCGAUAGCGCUGCGCUUCAGGCCAUGGCCGAGAAUGUCUGCAGGUUUGCCGAUAACUUUUUAAAGGUGAUUGCUGCCGACAAUCCUGGCAACCUGAUAUCCUCGUCUUUGAGCGCUCAACUAUCACUUGCCAUGGCUGCAUACGGAGCCGGUGGUACGACUGCUACCCAAAUGCGAACAGCCCUCUUUAUUCCAGACGACAAUGAGCUCGGCCAAUCUGGUUAUCAGUCGCUCAUCGAUACUUUGAACGCUGUUCAAGGGGUCGAACUACGUCUCGCUAACAAGUUAUUCACGUCCACUCGGAUCCCGGUAAAAGCUGACUUCAAAGCAAUGACUGACACUAGAUUUCGGUCGGCCAACCAAGAAGUGGACUUUGAUCAUGCAAAUGCAGCUGCCAACACCAUCAAUUCUUGGUGCGAUCAACAGACCAUGCAUCGCAUCAAGGAUUUGGUCACUCCAGAUGAUAUGACCCCGGAUACUGUAUUGGUCAUCGUGAAUGCGAUCUACUUCAAGGGGCAGUGGAACAGAAAAUUUAUUCCACGUCUAACUAAACGCAGAGCUUUUCAUCUCGAUGCAGAACGUACCAAAAAUGUCUCGACUAUGUAUGUUCAGCACAAGUUUGUAACCGGUGAUAUUCCCGAAGUUGACGCAAGAUUCAUCGAAAUACCGUACAAAGACAAUUUGAUGAGCAUGAUCAUAAUUCGUCCGAAUGAAAUAAACGGGCUAAAAACAGUCGUUGGCAAUCUGAGCCUAGUAAAUCUGACCCAGAGGUUGAGACGAAAUACUUUGCGUCCGGUUAAAUUAUUUUUACCGAAAUUCAAGAUGGAAAGUACAUUCGAUCUGAAAAUAACGGCGCAGAAGUUGGGGAUCUCAGAGGUCUUCGAAGAUUCCGCCAACUUUUCCGGCAUAGCGGACGUUCCAAUUAAAAUCAAGAAAAUUGUUCAGAAGGCGUUCAUUGAAGUGAACGAAGAAGGUAGCGAAGCUGCUGUUGCUACCGGUGUCAUCUCAAUGUUCAGAAGCGCUAGAAUCGAGCCAGACGUGGUUCAAUUCGAAGUUGAUCGGCCAGUGAUGUAUGCUAUUCGUCACACUGCCAGCAACGCAAUUUUGUUCAGCGGCCUUCUCGUCGAGCCCUGAUCAUUCGAUAAGGAUAUUCAGAUAUCUACAAGUCUAACGGUUCAUCAUUUUAAUUUGAUAUUUCAAUCCUUAAUACUCAUUCUUCGAUCCAAUAUACACAUUAUAUGUCUUUCAUUCAGGUAGUAAAGUACACGCAAAUGAAUCAAAUAAAAAACAAACUUGUUUGUGCAUCCAAUAAAAUUUAUAUUUUUGGAUAA